AUGGACAUUGGACCAACAGCUCCUGGUCAUGUUCUUGUGAUUCCCAAGUAUCAUGGAGGAAAACUUCAUGAGAUCCCUGAUGAGUACCUUCAAGAAUUGCUUCCUGUAGCCAAGAAGAUUGUCGUCGCUUCAGGACUGGACAAGUCCGGUUUAGAGGGUGCUGGUUACAACAUUUUACAAAAUAACGGGUCAAUUGCUCAUCAGGUGGUCGACCAUGUUCAUGUCCACAUGAUUCCUAAGAGAAAUUCCGAGUCCGGUCUUAUUGUUGGCUGGCCUCAGGACGCCGAGGCUGCCAAGUCUGUUAAGGACGUUCAUGCUAAGCUUCUCGAGAAGCUUGGUGGUGUGCAGUCGUCUUUGUAA